AGCAGUUUGGGCGGCGGGGGCGGGGCCGGGCCGUGCCGGGGUGCUGCGGGCCAGGCAAGAUGGCGGCCUUAGACGCCGAGCCGUUGCCGUUGACCCUGGAGUCCCUGCCCACCGACCCUCUGCUGCUCAUCCUAUCCUUCGUGGACUACCGAGACCUAAUCAAUUGUUGCUAUGUCAGUCGAAGACUUAACCAGCUAUCAAGUCAUGAUCCGCUGUGGAGAAGACAUUGCAAAAAAUACUGGCUGAUAUCUGAGGAAGAGAAAACACGGAAGAAUCAGUGCUGGAAAUCUCUCUUCAUAGAUACUUACUCAGAUGUAGGAAGAUAUAUUGACCAUUAUGCUGCUAUUAAAAAGGCCUGGGAUGACCUCAAGAAAUAUUUGGAGCCCAGGUGUCCUCGGAUGGUUUUGUCUCUGAAAGACGGUGCUCGUGAGGAAGACCUAGAUGCUGUAGAAGCUCAGAUUGGUUGCAAGCUUCCUGAUGAUUAUCGAUGUUCAUACCGGAUCCACAAUGGACAGAAGCUAGUGGUUCCUGGGUUGUUGGGAAGUAUGGCUCUAUCAAAUCACUAUCGUUCUGAAGAUUUAUUAGACGUUGAUACUGCUGCAGGUGGAUUCCAGCAGAGACAGGGACUGAAAUACUGUCUCCCUUUAACAUUCUGCAUACAUACUGGCUUGAGUCAGUAUAUAGCAGUGGAGGCUGCAGAGGGCCGAAACAAAAAUGAAGUUUUCUACCAGUGUCCAGACCAAAUGGCUCGGAAUCCUGCUGCUAUUGACAUGUUUAUCAUAGGUGCUACUUUUACUGACUGGUUUACGUCCUAUGUCAACAAUGUUGUAUCAGGUGGUUUCCCUAUCAUCAGAGACCAAAUUUUCAGAUAUAUUCAUGAUCCAGAGUGUGUAGCAACAACUGGAGAUAUUACAGUUUCAGUAUCCACAUCAUUUCUGCCAGAACUCAGCUCAGUACACCCACCUCACUAUUUCUUCACAUACCGUAUCAGGAUUGAAAUGUCGAGGGAUGCACUUCCUGAGAAGGCUUGUCAGUUGGACAGUCGUUAUUGGAGAAUAACAAAUGCUAAAGGGGAUGUAGAAGAAGUUCAAGGACCUGGAGUAGUUGGUGAAUUUCCAAUCAUUAGCCCAGGUCGAAUAUAUGAAUACACUAGCUGCACCACAUUUUCUACAACAUCAGGAUAUAUGGAAGGAUAUUAUACUUUCCAUUUUCUGUACUUUAAGGACAAGAUUUUUAAUGUUGCCAUUCCUCGAUUCCACAUGGCAUGUCCAACAUUCAGGGUGUCUAUAGCACGAUUGGAAAUGGGUCCUGAUGAAUAUGAAGAGAUGGAAGAGGAGGAAGAGGAAGAGGAGGAAGAAGAAAAUGGAGAUGACUCAGCAGACAUGGAUGAAUCCGAUGAGGAGGAAGAGGAGGAGAGACGGAGGAGGGUCUUUGAUGUUCCCAUUCGCAGACGCCGGUGCUCACGUCUUUUUUAGUGAGCUGCUGCUGAGGGACGCUCUGGGAUUGACUCCAUUCUGUUUAGAUUUCUCAGUAAUGUAAAUAAUUGUGCCUAGCAUAUAGCAGGAAAUUAGCAUGAAACACUGUUCCAGCCCUAGGCUCUACAUGAUACUUCAUAAGGAGUUGGAUCAUUCUGAUUUGCUUUGUGGUUGUGAGGUAAAGGAAAAAAUGAGAAGCCUUUUUUUUUUUUUUUUUUUUUCUCUUCCAGGAGUCUAUGGAAGAAAAGUUCUCUAGCUGAAGAACAGAAGAGAAUUCUUUCUUUAAAAAUAUUUUCUACUUCAAAGAACAGAAAUGGAGAGAAUUGUUUUGAAUAAGGAUUUUUAAAUGUAGCAGAAAUACCUACACAAGGAUAGAAAGAAGCUACGUGACAAUGAAAAGACCUCUUUCAGUCAUGAAGAAAUGAACAAGAUUUGUAAUUAGUUAAUCCACUUAAUGAUUCUUAAUAUUUUAUACUCACGGGGAACUAAACUAACUUGAAUGCAAAUAGUUUGCCCUUUCUUAGACAAUCUGUCCUUGAGUUUAGUCUUUAUCACAUAGACCUUGAAUUAAAAGUUUUCAUCAAUACCUUUGAUUUAAAGUCUUCAACAUAACUUUGAACUUAAGUUAAAGUCCUCAUGCUAUGACCUUUAUCACAUUUACAGACUCAUUAUUUUUAAAUGUAGUUUGUAAAAGUAUAUAGUGUGUUGUUUAUUAACAAAGAUUCUUCACAAUGUCUCAUGUAGUCUAAAUUUGUAAAUACUCUUGUUUAUACAUUUGUCUAACUUUGUGAUAAGUGAUCUGAAUUUUAUGUUAGUGUUAAAGAUGUUUUCCUGAAACCUGGGGGGAGGUUUGAGGUUUUUUUUUUUUCCGUCUUUUGUUUGUUUGUUUGUUUUUUUUUCAGUUACAUAAUUGAGAGUUCGGAAUGAAUCCUUCAGGUGUCAAACUCACAUUUUAAAAACAAUUUUUUUUGUUUCAAUCCUGUAUUUUGUCUACCUGUUUCCCAUAAACUAAUAUUAAGCCUUUGCUCUUCAGCUAGAAGAUAGGAUUGGUCUUUGUUUUGCAGCCAGAGUAUAGCAAUCGUCUUCUGGCUUUGUGUUCUCUUUUGUCCCCUAUCCAUUUUCCUCAAAAACGGUUCUUUGGUAGACUAGGAAGAGAGAGCCAUAUGUCAAGGCUAAGUGCCUACUGUUUGGGACCAUGAAAGCAAACUUACUUUUCAUACAGACACAUCAGAAUAUUCAGAAAUGGUCAAUUAUUGUCCCAUUUUUUUUCACGUCACAGUACAAUCACAUACUACAUGAUGUUGUAACAACAGUUCACAUAUACAGCAGAGGCCAGCAGCAAUCUCAUAUCUUGUGUAUACCACAUCUGUUGAAUGUAUCAUUUUCUCUUGUGCUUGCUUAAAUUUCAUGUUUUGUUCAUCAUCAACACAAAGCACACACACAAGAUCCACUGCUAAUGUUGACAGUAAGUUAUCAAGUGAUUGACCUGGAAGUGAAAUUAAAAGUGACUAAGGACUAUGAAAUGGGAGGGUUCGCUGAUGGCUAUUGAUCACCAGCCAUUCCACCGUAGCUAUGCCCUCAAAAAACAAGAACAAAGUGACAGAAGCUGCUAGAGGAUCUGCUUCAGUGGAGGCAACAAGAAGCGAAAAUGCAAGAAAGGUUUGUAUCAGAUAUGGAGAACCUUCUGAUGACCUGACUUGAAGACACAAGUGCAUCUUAGCACCAUGACAAUUACCACAAAAGCAGAAUUUGUUUACAGCAUUGAAAAAAAAAAAGAUGACCUCACUAGGAUGUUGGAGUUACUGCUAAAUCUGGAUGGUUUAAAAUGAUUCAAGAAUUGUUAUUUAUUACAAAAUGUGGAAGUGCCUGGUAAGUCUGCAAAUGCAGACGUGAAGGUAGCUGAGUAGCUGACUAACUUUUAAAAACUAGAUAAGCUGACUGUAGAGGGCAAUUGUCAAAGCAAAACUCUUAAUUCCAUCUAGGUUUGUAUAAAGUACACUAUGAUGUUUGCACAGUGAUGAAAUCAUCAAGCAGUACAAUCACCUGAUGACUCAUUUCUCAGAAUGUAUCCCCAUUGUUAAGUGAUACAUGACUGUUAUCAAGACAUCCA